AACAAAGUACAUUUAUACCUAAAGCCGAAUAUACUUUGGAUUCUUUGUAAUGGCAAAUGGAAUAAGACUUAUGAAAUAAAUCGCAAUUUAAAAAUUUUCUUUUCAGUAUUGCUUAAAAUGUACCUGUAAGUCAUGUCUCAGUCAAUACCGCCUUAUAUUCUGCAGGAGCUACCAGACAUUUUUGAAACAGUGAACUAUCCCAUACGAAAUAUACAUCGCAUAAAGUAUACAUGCUUCAAUGUAUCUAAAUCCUUGCUAGCAUUUGGAGCGACGAGUGGUGGCAUAUAUGUGUUUAAUAGACUACCCUGUGAGUUUGUUCAGCUGAUUCCUAGCAAGGAUGGUCCUAUCACAAGAUUGUCUAUAUCUCCGGACGAACAAUACAUAAGCUUCACGAACGGUAAAGGCAUGGUGACCGUGACUAGAUGUGAUCAAAAUCUCAGCGGAUAUUCAUCGCAUAUGAAACAUCAUGGGAAUGAAGUGACAUGCAUGGUGUGGUCAAAUACCAUGUUGUUCACAGGUGACGAUGUCGGCAAAGUUUGUGUGUUACAGUUGCAGAAUUUCAUUGCUAAAACCAUGUUCCAGAGUUCAUCACAGAUUAUAAUGAAUUUAGAUUCGAGGAUAUGUCAAAUAGAUGCCAAAGGUUGUAUGUUGCUAGUUUCAACACUAACACGUUGUUAUAUUUGUAACACUAUACAGGAGCAAUACAGACAGAUAGGUCAAAAACUUAGAGAUGGCGAAUACGGUGCUUGUUUCGUUACUAUGGAAAAGAUAAUAACUAACGGCACCUCAGAAGAUAAACAUGAAAAUUUUAUAGAAGCCAAGAAGUAUAACAUAGUUGAUGAUGAUGUGGGAUUUGUUGUUGGCGAGGAAUUUUCAAAUACAGUUAUAUAUUGUGCUAGACCGUCUUCAAGGCUAUGGGAGGCGACUGUUGACGGCAUGGUUAGAAGGACCCAUCAAUUUAAACAGGUCCUAUCGAAUAAUCCCUCUAAAGUUAUCACCAAAGAAUUGUAUGAUAGACAAAAGUUUGUUCUCAAUGAUACCAACGAUCACACAAAUGGACAGUCAGUGAAUUUUACUAAAAUAUAUAACUUCAAUAAAACAAUAUUUUCAUAUAGCAAAAGUGCUUUAUAUUUUCUUAACGUGGAAAGAGUGGACGAAACUAUUUGGUUUGAUGAGUACAAAGAUAUAAUAGAGUGUAGUGUGUAUGAUGAUAUUUUGUAUAUCUGGCGAGCAAACGGCUGUCUGGUUAGUUUGAGACUGAUGGAAGUAGACAGAUUUCUUGUUAAGAGCUAUUUUGACGAAAAGUAUGUGCUAUGCUCUGAACUAUGUAUGGCUUUCAAAGAAUAUUUGCUUACGCGUAACUUAUCUCCUAAAAUACAUAAUUUGGUGGGCCUAAAGGACAAAAUAGAUAACGGCGUUAUUAAAAGUCUGGAAGAUGUUUUAGAGAAAUUUAAUAGUCUGAAAACUAGUGAUGCAACGAAAACGAAGUCUGGAAUAUUUGUAGUUGAUAAUACAUAUCAAAAUAUGUUAGAUGAUAGGAAAACGAAAGUUAGCGAGGAAAGUGUUUUUGGACCUGUCUCGCCCGAAGCAAUGCAGGCUUUGAAAGAAUUAAGUAUAACGGUGUCAGACAAGUUAAGUACAAGUAAAAAAAUCAUAAAGGAAAAAUGGGGUGGUUUUGAAGAAAGAAUGAAACAUUUGAGCAUAGAAAAGCACGAAGCCAGUCCAAUAAGAAACGAAAAUGUAACAAAAUGGGUAUCUCGUGACGACUAUGAAGGCGAGGACGCGCCUAUUGUGUUAGAAAAUAACAUAGUCUUCAAGGAAUCUAGUCCAACAGUGAGAGAAAAUACUAUUGUUGAUGAAUUCGAAGUAUGCAAAAUGUUAUACCAAUAUUCAAGAUUGAGUGUUGUGAUCGAAUCGUCCGAUUUAAAUUCAAUAAUAGAUAAUAAUACCUGCAACAUGAAGGAAGUGCACGAUCUUAUGUUGCUGCUCCAAAAAUAUUGUAUGUCUAUCAACGCUAUAGAGGAAUCGAAAUUUGUCCCAAAUAAUAUAUUCCUUACUUACUUGAACACGUCUAGUAGUAAGUGCGAUUUAUUGGAUGUCAUAAUAAAUGACGAAGUGCUGUAUAAAUAUUUCGUUGAUUCGUGCAUAGCUGUGAAUAUUAAAAUGCAGAAACAUUUGAGUUUGGGUUGCGAAUGCGGUUUUCCUUUGCCCUACGUCAGGACGAGUCAGAUGCCAGUCUUUUCGGAUUUGAUAGAUCAGUUUAUAGAAAUACAAUGGUCCAGUCAAACUAAGGAACAGUGUUACGAAGUUUGCAAAAAGAUGCCGUAUCUUUGGAGAAAAAUUUUAUAUCUCAGACGGAACGAAGACUUGAUAAAUGUGCUGAGAAUUCUCUUGCAAAUGCUUGACGAGGGUCUCUUGCACUCAUUCCUACCUCAGUUCACAUUGGACACGUGGGAAAGGACCAUUCAGCUUUAUGCGACCUUGUACGGAAAUAUUUGUUUGAAUUGCAACAAAAAGUUUAAUCACGUAUCUGUUAAAGACAUGCUUAGCUGGGAUUACUUAGGUUCGCUUAUGAUAAAGUCCAUCGGUGGCAGAAAAGCUAUCCAGGUUAUGCAAAAAUAUGCAAAUUUGAUAGAAAUGGGAGCUUUGACAAUGAGGUUCUAUCACACCUGUCUCUUGGUAUCUCUAUAUGAAAAAAUUGAUGUCACCAUAAAUAUAACCUUGGUGGAUACAAUAUACAGUUCAUACGACUUCAAAGAAUCCAGGGUUGAGAUACACAAGCUAUUGCAAAAUACGUCUGAGGGUGUUAUAAAGAACACAGCAUUGCCGUUGACUGUUGCUGCGACAUCACCUUGCUGGGGACUGAAAAAAGUAUACGAAAAUAUAUCAAACGAAUCAGAUUCUGUUAUAAACGAUAUAUCGAUGGCCAUGACAAAUAAUAAUAUAAUAGAUUGCGAUCUCUGCGGUCUGCCAUUACAAAACGAAGUGUUAAUCCAAGAUGGCGGAUUAUGGGUUUUUAAAUGUGGCCACACUUUUCAUGGCGCAUGCUUGAAUUUGAAUCAAAUCAAACUUUGCCCAUCAUGUUCUAUUAAUUGAGCUGUGAAUUUGACUCGAUAGGUUAAAAUUUUGUGGGAUCUUUAUGCCGUGAUGGAAAUAAAAGGAAAUAUGUGUAUGUAUUUAUCCAUAUAUUAUGUACUAUAUUUAUAAUUGUAUCUGGCCUAGACGUUUAGAAAAACCUUAACGUUUUUUUAUUUAUUACACAAGUAUAUGUACGUAUUAUAUGUAACCCAAGGGUAUAUUUUACUAAAAGUAUACUGGCUGUAUAAAUUUUUUAUUAUAGUAUACUUAGAUAUGAUAGACGUAUGGCUAGAAUUGAUUAAAAUUAUAAUUGAUACGGUAACAUUUUCAGUAAAAUAAAUUUAAAUCAAUUUCAAUCGUAAUAAAUAAAUAAACAAAACGUUGUAAUGGAGGUCAAGUAUUUUAUAACUAUAUAUUGAAUUUAUAAAGUAUUUUUUUUUAAAUCUAUAUUGGCAGUAUAUGUAUUGCCAUUGCUAUGCUAAUAAUGAAUUGUUUAGAGUUAAUACAUAGAGUAAUAUACCUUUAAUAAUGACUUCUGUAUGUCUAAACAGGUAUUCCAAUCCAAUCUUGCCUAUUAAUUUAAUUAUUUUUGUUAUAAAAAUAUAUUUUAUUUUUGUGCCAUUUUCAAUAUAUGCAAUGUUGCCAUUUUUAUAUGAAAUUUAUAAUGUUUUAUUACAAUACCUUGUCAUAAUUUUAUAUUGUUUCUAUAAUUUUUAUUUUAAUAUAUUUUUUUUUGGCAAUAGACAGAACAGUUUUAUUAUAAAUGCACAACUUUUACUCAUAGUUACUGGAUAUUUGGACGAAAAAUAAAAGCUCUGGUUGAAUACAUGGAACCAAAGUAUUUUUUUUUUUUGCUGUUUUAAAUAUACCUUUGUUUAAUUAUUUUGGUUUGAAUUCAUGAAUAAUAGUUAUGAAGAGUGACAUAUAUAUAGAAUAAUUAUUUAUUCUCAUUAUUACGGUUCUAUUCUAAUACUUAAAAUGGUCUCAUUUUCGCAGCUUUAUUUACAGUUUUAAUAUAAGUAGCUCGUCUGUAUGCUGUUUCUCAUUAGUACAUAUAUACUUUAUAACCAGCGUGUAUCUUUGUUCAAUGUACUUAGAAAAUGUGUAAAUAUUAUAUGUUAUAUUUUUGUAUUACCAAUGUUGUAAAUUUUCAUAUCACCUAAUCUUUCUAUUAAUAAUACAUGUAUUAAUUAUUAGAAAAUGUGUUUUAAUUAAAUAACGAAAUACGAAUAUGUCAAAAGGGUAACGCCAGAUGCUAAAAUAUGUACGUAUAAGAUUGUCAUGUUUGUUGUGAGUUAGCUGAGUAAUUUAGUAUUAUAUAGAUAAAAAGAUGAUUAAAAAAAAAAUUUAGGCUUGUAGGUUUUCAUUGUCAUUGGCAGAAUAAUUUAUGAAUAACACAUGAAAUUUCUAAAAAAAAUUUUUGGAUUUUUGUAUCUGAUUGGUGCCAAGAUGACAAAGAAAAAUUAAUUUAAAAGUAGACAAUUCAACAUUGCCAAGAUCAUGGUGACGGCCCUAAUGAGCUGUCGCUGUGACUGUCAAGACUUAUCAAUGCUCCUUUAAACGUCAUCAGCCCGAAAUACUUCUUUUUUUAAAUUUAAACUAUGGCUCCAGUAAUUCUAAAUUAUGCACGUAAUGUUCAAUUUUAGUUGUUAACGAGUUGUCACGUUUUAUUGCUAGUGAUGUGUAAGUAUCUUUUCUCUUAACAGGUUAUUUCGCUGAAACUGCUUCAUAGAAACGGAUAAAUAAAGUAAGCUUGAACAGA